UUUCCUCCCUUGUUUCUCAUUAUUUUAAGACUUGUUCUUAAUUUUCUCUGAGAAAAUUGAUUAAAUCUAAUAAAAAAUAAUUGACCAUUAAUUCCAACUUGACGUAAAUAAAUGAAAAAAUAUCAAAAAAUAGUUAAUUCUCUGUCUCGCUAUACAAUGAUCGUAUGGUCCCCGAGAAAAUAAUCAUAUCUCACCAAAAAAUGAGUCCAUCACUAAACAUGAUCCACGUGUCACGAGUCGCUCCUUCAAACUCUAACUCGUCCGAGUCACUCACUCUCCCGCUCACCUUCUUUGACCUUCUAUGGCUCAAACACAAAGCCGUCGAACGAGUCAUCUUCUACAAACUCACCGACGUAACUCGUCCUUUCUUCGAAUUAGUCAUCGUCCCCAACCUCAAAUCCUCUCUCUCCUCAUCCCUCUCUCACUAUCUCCCACUCGCCGGCCAAAUCCUCUGGGAGUCACUUGAUCCAAAACCAAACAUCGUCUACUCACCAAACGAUACCGUUUCAUUCACCGUCGCCGAGUCCAACGCCGAUUUCUCUCGUUUAACAGGCAAAGAACCAUUCUCCUCCACCGAGUUGCACCCAUUAGUCCCCGAGUUACAAAACUCCGACGACUCGGCUUCCGUCAUGUCGUUUCAAGUCACGUUAUUUCCAAACCAAGGGUUUUGCAUCGGUGUCACCGCACACCAUGCCGUUUCCGAUGGAAAAACGACAACCACUUUUCUCAAAUCUUGGGCUCACUUAUGUAAACAUCAAGAUUCUUCUCUACCGGAGGAUCUAAUCCCGUUCUACGAUCGUACGGUCAUUAAAGGUCCACCGGAGAUUGAUACUAAAGUCUUGAAAAUUUGGCACUCUAUUGAUAAACCAAAAAGCUUGAAGCUGUUACCGAAACCGGAGAUAGAUUCCGACGUCGUUCGAUACACAUACGAACUCACUCGUGAAGAUAUCGAAAAGCUUCGUGAAAGACUCAAGAGAGAGUCUUCUUCUUCCUCCUCGCUUAGAUUGUCAACGUUUGUGAUUACGUUUUCGUACAUUUUCACGUGUUUAAUCGGAUCCGGAGGCGAUGAUCCGGAUAGACCCGUCGGGUAUAGAUUCGCGGUGGAUUGUCGAAGACUUAUCGAUGAUCCACCGAUUCCGUUAACUUAUUUCGGAAACUGUGUUUACUCUGCUGUGAAAAUCCCGCUAAUGGCGGGGUUGUUUCUUGGUGAACAAGGAUUUGUGGCGGCUGCGAGAUUGAUCAGUGAUUCGGUUGAGGAAUUGGAUUCAAAUGUGGCUUGGAAGAUUCCAGAGCUUUUGGAAACGUGUGAGAAUGCUCCAGUGGAGUCACAAUUUGUGUCGGUUGCCGGGUCAACCCGGUUCGGUAUGUACGGGUUGGAUUUUGGGUGGGGAAAACCUUUUAAGUCGUUGUUGGUGUCGAUUGAUCAAAGAGGAAAGAUAUCAAUGGCUGAGAGUAGAGAUGGAAGUGGAGGUGUUGAGAUUGGCUUCUCCCUCAAGAAAGAAGAAAUGAAUGUUUUGAUUGAUUUGCUUCAUAAAGGAAUCAAAUAAAAUAUUGGAAGAAAAUCAAAAUUGAUCCAGUGUUGUUUCUCUUGUUUGCUUGUAUUCAUCAAUUUGGUUCGUGUGUUUUAAAUACCCAUCCUUAUUUUCUUU